CCCCACCAGCAAGCACUAACAAGUAACAACUAACAACAUAGCAUGAUAUGGGCAUAUGGCCACAUUCUCUUUCUUUUUCUAUUGAUACCUUUCCCCAUUCACACUCUCCCCAAUCUGUACCGCUAAUCCCGCCUUUCUCUCUCUUAUAUCUAUAUAUAAUUAUGUAUAAGCUCCUACAUCUAUCAUCAUCAUCACUUGUACAUACAAUUUUUCCUUCUUGUGAUUGUUAAUAACUAAGUAUGGAGUUGAGAAGAGGCAUAAUGGCAGCCAUGGUAAUUACACUGAUGCUUCAAGUUGCGAUGUGUAAAUCGGAGAUAAGCAGGGCGGACUUUCCUAACGGCUUUACAUUUGGCACUGCUUCUUCUGCCUUUCAGUAUGAAGGAGCAGUAAAAGAAGACGGAAGGGGACCAUCUGUAUGGGAUACUUUCUCACAUACUUUUGGCAAGAUACUCGAUUUCAGCAAUGCUGAUGUUGCAGUGGAUCAAUACCAUCGAUACGAAGAAGAUAUUCAACUCAUGAAGGACAUGGGAAUGGACGCCUAUAGGUUUUCCAUUUCAUGGACUCGGAUUUUUCCAAAUGGAACCGGAGAAAUUAACCAGGCAGGAGUUGAUCACUAUAACAAACUCAUAGACGCAUUACUCGCCAAAGGAAUUGAACCAUAUGUGACCAUAUACCACUGGGACCUACCACAAGCCUUAGAAGACAAGUAUAAUGGAUGGCUCAGUGCUGAUAUCAUAAAUGACUUUGCAAAUUAUGCUGAGAUAUGCUUUCAGAAAUUUGGGGACAGAGUGAAGCAUUGGAUCACAUUUAAUGAGCCACACACAUUUGCCACACAAGGGUAUGAUGUUGGUCUUCAGGCCCCUGGAAGAUGCUCCAUUGUUCUUCACCUGUUUUGUAGGGCUGGCAACUCUGCUACUGAACCUUACAUUGUUGCUCAUAAUGUCCUUCGUUCUCACGCACUUGUUGCUGAUAUAUAUAGAAAAAAGUAUAAGGCUGCACAGGGUGGAUCACUUGGGAUAGCCUUUGAUGUGAUUUGGUAUGAGCCAGCAACAAACACCAAAGAAGACAUUGAAGCUGCUCAAAGAGCACAAGAUUUCCAGUUAGGCUGGUUUCUUGAUCCUUUGAUGUUUGGAGAUUAUCCAGCUUCAAUGAGAAGCAGAGUAGGGAACAGGCUUCCAAAAUUUACCCCAUCUGAGGCUGCCCUUGUGAAAGGUUCCUUAGAUUUUGUGGGAAUCAAUCAUUACACCACUUUUUAUGCAAGAGACAAUAAAACUAAUCUCAUUGGAGUUCUGCUCCAUGAUACUGUUGCAGAUUCUGGUGCUGUUACUCUUCCAUUCAAUGGUACAAAAGCUAUUGGAAAAAGGGCAAAUUCUAUAUGGUUGUAUAUAGUGCCACAAAGCAUGAGAACCUUGAUGAACUAUAUCAGACAAAAGUAUGGGAACCCUACAGUCUAUAUCACAGAAAAUGGGAUGGAUGAUGGGAAUAGCCCAUUUACCUCCAUUAAGGAUGCUCUAAAGGAUGAGAAACGGAUUGGGUACCACAGUGGCUAUUUAUCUAAUUUACAAGCUGCUAUAAAAGAUGGUUGCAAUGUGAAGGGAUAUUUUGUGUGGUCACUACUUGAUAACUGGGAGUGGGCAGCUGGAUACAGUUCAAGAUUUGGUCUAUACUUUGUUGAUUACAAAAACAAUCUGAAGAGAUACCCUAAACAAUCUGUUCAAUGGUUCAAGGACUUCUUGAAACCAUCUUAAUAGCUGUCAAAAUCAUAUAUACAUAUAUAGGUUGUAGUGUACACCUUGUGUUUAGAUCAUGAAAGCAAAAAAAAAAAAAAAAAAAA